AUGCGGCCAACACCCGUCCUCCUCCUAACCCCGCUCCUCGCAACCCUCGCCUUCUCAAUAACCCCCCAAAGCCCCAGCCCCAGCCCAAGUACCCCGGAAUACAAGAACAUCCUCCCAAUCUCAACACCCACAAACACAAACCUCUUCCUCCCCCUCCUAGCCAGUAACCCCAUGAUGCGCGUCAACGGCGGAUCCACACCUUUACCAACGGCAACUCCAACCGACUCAUCGGAACCCAGAAUAAUGUACGAGCUUGUCACGGAAACGACUAGCGAAUGUGACUGUGAGUCAUCGUCGGCAUUGGCGCAUAUCCCGCAGAGUAGUGCUGCUUAUGGGGCGAGGUCUUCGGCGUUGUUUCGCGUGGAGGCGUUUCCGAGCGGUGUUACUGCUGUUGCUGCGAGUAGUAUGCCUGGGGCUAGUAGAGUUCUUGGAGCAAGUGCGACUGCGUCGCGGUUAUUUGGGACGGCUGGGGCGGUGCCAAGUGGGGUUGAUGCUGUGAGGAGUGGUGCGCCUGGGGAUCAGGAGUAUCAGGCGUUUGAGGGGAUAGGUGGGAAAACUGGGCCUGGGGUGCAGACCGUGUGGGGGGUUUCGGGGUUGUUGGGGGUUUUGAUGGUUUUGCAAGGUCUUUGA